AUGUCGCAACGAUUCAACCUCAAUGAUGAUCCCGCAUCUUUGGGGACAUAUCAAGCCUCGCAUACCGCCUAUUUGCCUUCUCUUACCGCGACGCCAUCAAGCGUUAACAUUCCCCUGCGCCCUUCUCCCCGAUCUUUGGGCCUAUCGAUCUCUGCAAGUGGUCAAUUAUCCUUUAUCGAUGACAAGACCGGCACAAAUCCUUUCUCUACACACCCUAUAUUUGAUGAUCAUCAACUUAUAAUUGGCUCUCCUACUAAUGAUCCAGACUUCACUCAGCCACAAGGGGCCUUUUUCGGAAGGGGAAUGAACGUGACUGAAAGGUUCUUGAAUGUAGCUUCUUUUCAAGUCAAAAGGAAAUAUGACCUUAUACCUUCUAUUCUGAGAUCAUUGACGAGGGAAUUUGAGAACGUAAAUUUGAAUGACGAGAUACACGAUGUAUAUAUGACAAUUGAUCAAGCAGAUACCAUUAGUAAGUUUACCGGAAUCACAUUCAACCUGGUUCCACCAGCCAAAAAGGGAUGGGUGAAAAAAGCGUAUCACGAAGGAUAUGAGGGAGAUCGUUCUGGACAAUCAGAUGAUGAUUCACUGUGCGUCACAAGUCAUAGAAAUCCAAAUAAUGAUUUGGGAGAAUUCGAUUGUCUUGAAGGAUACGAGUGGAAAGCGAAUUCUCAAUCUCCUGAGAACAAUUUAACACUGCACUUCGACACCGAGAAAAGCAAGCUAUUCGAUGAAUCAAACGAGGAACCUAAAGAAGAGAUGAAAGCUCUCUUUGGUGGAUCGAAAGAAAUAGAUGUAGAUGUCGAAGCUACUAUUCGACUAAAUGGCUUCUCCCAUUUAAAGGAACACCCAGAUCCCGCCCACUGGGGGACAAUUACCACAGACUUGCACCGUCACCAAUUGGAUUCCGCUUUGACGGGUCCACACCGCUUGCAGACCUCGGUUGAAAUACCAGAAGACGAUCCUCCUAACUACGAUAUGUUACAUCCUCGUUGUGCAGCACACUCGCCGUCGUCUGUCGAUACCACAGAUAAUCAAUCGAUCACUUCCUCGAUUGCUCCUCCCACAGACACUCGAUCGGAGACUGCUCCUCCAAUCACUCAGCCUAGGAUGCCAAGCACUAGCGCAUCUUCUGGGAACAGACGACGAAUAGUAGUUCUUCCAGCUGGAGGCAAAGCGGAAGUUACCAAUGGAGGAUUGAGGAGACAAAGACGAAAGUAG